ACAUUGUCAUUUCGUUCGUAACAAAUAACACUUCGAGUCAGCCGAGAUUAAUCUAAAACAUAGUUUAAUACUCUCGAUUCACAUGUUAUAAUAUUAGUAUCCCACCAACUGUGCAAAGUGAUGCUUUCUCGCAUGACAUUAACCUCAUGGUAAGAAACAGUGCGGAAUAAUGACCUUAACAGGAUGGCGGUAUAUGCUGAACAGAGCGAUCUUCAUACCUCAACGAUAUGUUUUGGGUGUCAUGGGACUAUUUGCUCUGGCAAAUUCCUUCACCAUGCGAGUGUGCCUCAGCAUGACUAUCACACAAAUGGUCCUACAUGCAGAAUCUACUGAGCAUAUAGUAGGAGAAACUUGUCCAGAUCCCGAAGGCGUAGUAAAGUCUAAUGUUACAAGUAAUGGAACGACAGUUUAUGAGGGACGUCACCGCUACGAUUGGGACGAAGCCACACAAGGCUUACUUCUCAGUGCCUUCUAUUACGGUUAUGUGCUCACUCAUUUACCCGGAGGUCUACUCGCCGAGAAGUUUGGUGGUAAAUGGACCCUUGGAAUUGGUUUGUUGGUGACAUCAAUCGCUACAGCUUUGACUCCCAUAGCAGUUGACUAUGGUGGUGCUGUUGGGUUGUUUUUCAUCAGAGUUAUUGAAGGCUGUGGUGAGGGUCCAGUAACUCCAGCAUUUGUAUUACUACUAGCACGAUGGGUUCCACCAUCAGAAAGAUCAAGAUUUGGCGCCAUGAUCUUCGGCGGAGCACAAGUGGGAAACAUAUUUGGCCCAUACAUAUCUGGCUUAUUUUUAUCUGAUGGAGGAGAUUGGGCUAAUGUUUUCUACUUCUUCGGUGGACUAGGAAUAAUUUGGUUUAUAUUUUGGAUGUUCCUAUGCUACAGUACACCGAACUCUCAUCCGUUCAUCUCAGACGAGGAGCGUGAGUACCUCAACAAGAACGUAGUGGCUUCAGGUCUACACAAGAAGCUGGAUCCAGUGCCUUUCAAAGCUAUAUUGAGAUCAGCCCCACUUUGGGUGCUUAUUUGGGCAGCUGUCGGCCACGACUGGGGCUACUUCACGAUGAUCACAGACCUGCCGAAAUAUUUCUCUGAUGUCCUCAAGUUCAACAUCAAGGAGACUGGACUCAUGUCUGCCUUGCCUUACAUCGCCAUGUAUAUCUUCUCUUUUGUGUUCGCUGCAACUUGCGACUGGUGUGUUAGGAAGCGGUGGCACAGCAUCGGCUUUGGAAGGAAGCUUUAUACUACUAUUUCGUCUACUGUGCCGGCUGUUUUUAUCAUCUUAGCUUCGUACUCUGGUUGUAAUCGUGCUGCAGCUGUCGGCCUCUUCAUUGCCUCGAUGGCUUUCAUGGGAGGUUUCUAUAGCAGCGUGAAGAUCAACGCUAUGGACAUAGCUCCUAACUAUGCUGGAACCUGUUCAGCAUUCGUGAAUGGUAUUGCUGCUAUAUCCGGGAUUAUUACUCCGUAUUUGGUUGGACUGCUGACUCCUGAUCAAACAAUAGGCCAGUGGCGCAUUGCCUUCUGGACUGUAUUCGUGGUGUUAGUCGGAACCAACAUCGUAUACCUCAUAUGGGGUUCUGGCGAACAACAGUGGUGGGAUGACGUGGAUAAAUACGGCUAUCCCAAGGGCUGGAAGCACGGACCGCUGAAGAAACGCCAGGUCGAUAAAGAGAAGAAGAUCGUUUAUCCCAAACAUGACCACUCACCUGUUGCUUUAGAUUGAAUAAAUUGUUUUUUAUUGAUUUAUUAUUUA